CAUAAUUAAGGCUGUAACCCCAGAUAAAGCAUCUCCAAGGUUCUAAGGUUAAGGUUCUGGAGAUCAAUCAAUCGACAUAAUCAUUCUCAAAGUAAGAUGACAUGAUUCGAAAUACAAACUCUUACAUCCUCAAAGUCCAUACCAGAAACAAACAAUCAUUGAAGGCUUUCGACUUCCGACUUGCGACUUCCGACUUUCAAUCAUCAUGUCCUCCUCACCAGAAGAAAAUCAAACCUCAGCAUUCCGACCAUUUACAAAAGCCGAGCGCAUUCAGCAACUCAAUGAAAUAGACAAGAGUAUUUUACAACUUGUUCAAACUGCUGGACAAACCCUCAAGAUUCUUACCGCAGCACAAGAACCUGGAGAAUCACAAUCCCCACAAGAAAAACGUCAAACUUUCCAAGAUGCCUCGAACUCUUAUCUAAAAACUUUACAAUCCGUCGAUGUAAGAUUACGAAGACAAAUAUUGGGGUUGGAAGAAGCAGACAUUAUACCCGCCGAAAAGGUGAAGUCGAAGAAUAAGGGCAAAUCAGUACCUGAAGUUGUAGAAAGACGACCAGCAGUUCCAGGAAAUAUGGCAGGCAAUAUGCCAACAGACGAUGUCGUUGUGGAAAGAGGAAUGGGUAAUCUUGAUAUUGGUUUCUUGAAUAGUCGAAGUGGAAGAGUUGGUAGAGAUAUGGAGGCAGAAUUGUGGGCAAAGAGUAGGAAGUUUCUCGAAGAUUUGGAUAAGGGAAAUUACAAUUCACGUCCGUUAACUCAAAUGAGGGAUGAGGUUGAGAAAUAAAGAAUGGUAGAUGUGGAGUUGGGGUUGGAAUCAUACUCUAUAAGUUGGAUGUUCUGUAGGGCACUUUGAUACAUUCAUAUCGGACUUGAUCCUUUUGCCAUUCAAAGUUUGAAUAUUUGAAGAUGUGGGUAUCUUACCUACCCGUGGACCUGCAAUGAUGCAUUCGUUACUCUUGCUUCAAAUAUGGUGAUGGCAGUAAGCUGCGUGAAAGGAAAUAAACUAACCGAUAUUUACCCGGCCGGCCAUAUUCCCACCCUUUACCUUGAUCGCAAGAUAUUUAUUAUCACCCCUUUGAUGCAC